GAGUGGAGGAGAAAUCCCUGUUUGAUGAGGGGAGGGAGAGAUGUGAUUGUUGGGUGUCGGAGAGGAGGGGAGAGCGAUCAUAAUCAGAGAAAAAGUCGGACCGCCGAGCCAGCGAGCGCUCCUAAAACACGUGGAAGCUGGGAGAAAAGUAAAAGUGUCUUCGGAGGAAAGUGACUUCGCACUUUGUUUUCUUUUUUUUUUUCCUCCUUCAGCCUUCUCCUCCUCUUCCUCCUCCUCCUCCGCCCUGCAUUCCGCGGAGCAGCUGUGCUUUAAUGCCCCUACGCACCCGAGCAGGAGAGGACGGAGAAAAGAGUGAGGAAGAAGAGACAGAAGAGGAGGUGAAGAGGCCUGGACACCACCCGUCCCCGCUCCCUGGGACUCUGUCCACUCUCCCCUCCUGGCCCUGCAUGGACGGGGAUGGGGAGAGCCGGAUGCUGUUACCGCGGGGCUGAGCGCCUCGCGUCCCCGUCUGCGGUGCGCCGCUUCCGGCCGCUGCUGCUGCUGAUCAUCGGUCUCUGCUGCGGUGCUCACAUAGGUCAGUGUCAGGUGGCUACCACCCAGUGUCGGAUCCAGAAGUGCACCACCGACUUUGUGUCCCUGACCUCCCACCUGACGCCCGCUGUGGAUGGCUUUGACACCGAGUUCUGCAAGGCUCUGCGCGCAUACUCAGCCUGCACCCAGAGGACAGCCAAGGCCUGCCGGGGAAACCUGGUUUUCCACUCGGCCCUCCUGGGCAUCUCAGACCUCAUGAGUCAGAGGAGCUGUUCCAGAGAUGGUCCAACUCCCUCCGCGCACCCCGAGAUCCCCCAUGAGCCCUGCAACUAUCACAGCCGCACCCAGCACACCCACACACACUCCCACUCCCACUCCCACGGCCAUGGUCACAGCCGCUCUCGGCCCGGCUACUUGUUCUGUGGGCUGUUUGGAGACCCGCAUCUGAGGACAUUUAAGGACAGCUUCCAGACCUGUAAGGUGGAGGGUGCGUGGCCUCUUAUCGAUAAUGACUAUCUGUCAGUGCAGGUCACUAAUGUUCCUGUGGUUCCUGGCUCCAGUGCAACUGCAACCAACAAGAUCACCAUCAUCUUCAAGCCUUAUGAGGGCUGCACAGACCAGCGGGUCUAUCAGGCCGUCACAGACAGCCUCCCUGCUGCCUUCGAUGACGGAACGGUGAGCAGCGGAGACCCCAUCCACACCUCCUUCGGGGCUGACGGCGUGGCCGGGAAGGUGCGGGCUCUGUGGAUCUCUGAACGCAGCCCCGGGCGCCACGUGGAGCUGCAUGCUGGCUACAUCGGCGUGACUGUAAUCAUUCGCCAGCUGGGGCGCUACCUGACGCUGGCUGUGCGGAUCCCAGAGGAGCUGGCUCAGGCCUACGAUGACACCCAGGACUUGCAGCUCUGCCUGAACGGCUGCCCCAGCAGCGAGCGCAUCGACCAGGCGGGACACCUGCCUUUGCCGCUUGCUCCGCCUGCGCUCGGCCUGCAGCAACAGCAGCUGCGCCGGCCCGGCUACGCCUCACAGACGCAAGCAUACCCCCACGGUGCCACACACGUUUUUGCCGUGGACGGGGCAAAGGAGCGCUGCAGCGAGCAGCUGGAAGUCCUGGACAUCUACUUCCACUCUUGUGUGUUUGAUCUCCUGACUACUGGAGACGCUAACUUCACAUUAGCUGCACACAGCGCCCAGAAGGACAUGGAGAGCCUUCAUCCACACCGGGACAGAUGGAGGAUAUACCCCCGCGGCUCUGCAGCCUCUUACUUCCACUCAGACUCUCAGCGUAUCAAAAAGCUCGCUCUGCUCCUGCUGUGUGCUCUGAGCGUUGUGUUCGUGUGAGAAUGGCGGUCCCUGUGAGCCUGAAUGCAUGUAGGCCCGAGAAUGUGCACUACAAAAGGAGCUUAGAGAGGAUUUGGUUAGCUGAGCACUGAUACUGAGCACUGACGCAGAAAAAAGCAGCACGGGGAAGCCUGGCAGUACUACCUGCAUUUCACCUGGCAGAGUCCGAAUCAUCGAAUGCAACUGACAAUGAGAAACAAUGUUUCAGUGUGGGUGAAUCAUCUGUAAAUAGUCCAUUUUUCUUCCUUAAGUGCACAGUGUGAUCGUGUGUAGAUUGUUUUGUUUAUGUAAUUUUAUGUGACUUUUUUAAAAAAAAUACCUCAGUCAGAGGAAGUUUGUUUUUAACAAAAGCACUUUAUUUUAACAUUUUUUACACAAUGCCAGUCAGUGUUUGUUUUCUUUUUCACCAAAAACCAAUAACUGUUCAAGUAUUGGUUGCUCCUUUUUUGUUUGUUUGUUUGUUUGUUGGCUCCUCUCAGAAUUAAUUGAAUUCAAGGAGCUGAUGCUAAAAUGAACCAUUCUUCCAGCAGCUGAUCUGAGUCAGUCAGCAUCUCAUCUAAAGUCAUUUAAUGUGAGCUUUUCUGUUGAAUGUAUUAGGUUUGUUGUUGCAGCAAAUACCAUCAGUACUACUUGUUUGUUAUUUGAUCCCAGCUGUGUGUGUGUGUGUUUGCAAGAGUUUUGGAUGUUUUUUUUAACAGCUGAUGAAUGUUUGCUUUAUUUUAUGUAACUCACAUUAGAGUUGUUUCAGCCUCUUUGCCAACAUGUAAUGAUUUUAGUGUUUUGUUUAACAGCACUGCAUAAAACAGUUUGUACUUUCCUGUAAGUAAGAACUUACCUUUCAGAACUUUUUUAGAACUUGCCAAGCACUUUCCCUAAAACUUUCCAAGAACUCAAAGUGUACUUUCUGGAACUUAUUAGGUACCUUCCUUCAUCUUUCUUUUAGGAUUCCAAGGAUUUACCACAUAUUUUAUGUGUGUUUGAGCUGGAAAACCAACAAAAAGUCAACAUUGGCCGAUCACAAACCUCCACUAGAGGGCGACAAGAGGUCAUACAGCUGGCUUCAACGUACCUGCUCUCACUUUAUUGACGUUAGAAUGAAAACUUAACUCACCUUAAACAUUUUUAGAAAUUAAAAUGCAAUAAAAUGCAAUAUUAUUGAAACUUACUGAUUACUUUCCAAGAAUUUGCAGAGUAUUUCCUCUUGCGAGUUUUUUUUUUCUUUUCUGAAACUUACUUUCACAACGUAGCUACAUUAUGAGGAGACUUCUUGGUAAGCUCCACAAAACAUCCACAGUAAGUUUCAGAGAGCAAGCUCUGUGAUCCUCGGGGUAGAUUCCUGGAAAGGAACCAGUAAGAUUAUUAAAAGUUCCAGUAAAGGCCCUCUCAUGUACCAGAGACUGACAUGUCACAGGAAAGUACAGACUGCAUUAUGCUGCGCUACCCAUUUUUUGUUUUGAUUUUUACCAAAGACAAAUUGCAUGUCAUAUGUACACAUGAAUCAUGACUCCCCACCAAACCAGCACCUUCAUCCCCUCUCUUUCUAAAACUUGAUACUGUAAACCAGUUUAUCUUGCAGCAAGAUGCUCCAUAUUGGGAUAAAAGUAAAAUCCUGGAGGUAUUUCAAGGAUCUUCAGAUCAUGAAAUGUGUCUGUGUAAGCACUGUGAUGUGGGAAUCAAUGCCUUGUAGAAUUUUUCUGCUCCUACGAAAAUGUAACAUUAUGUAUAUUUAUUCCCAGUUUGUUCAAUCAGCUUUAGUUUUAGCCAUUGUGUGAACUCCUUUCUUCAUGUGAGUGUUGGUUUGGUGAAGAGUGACUGGUCAGUGUUGAAAUACCUUAACUUAUUUAUGAACGUAGUGUCCUGUAGAGGAUGUUAAGCUCCAUAUUCUUGAUGUUGGAUAAUUAUUUAAAUAAAACGUCAGAUGUGAUUGUGCUGCCACCUAGUGGUACUCCCUUGCUACGUCAGUGUGUUACUAAAAGCGCUCAAAAAACUAAAAGAAAGGAAGAA